AUACUGGUCACUACUCACUUGCCCAGGAAUGCCACUAAGCCCAGAGGGAAGACCUGUGAAAGUGCUCAGUGCUCCUGUGCCUCAUGGCUGAAGAUGGAUCACCCAAAAUUUAUUCUCAUCCACCAAGAGAGAGCAGUAAAACACCAACAGAAGCAGCCAUCUUCUUCGGGGCUGACAACACCAUUCCUAAAUCAGAAACAACCAUUACCUCUGAAGGAGACCAUAUUACUCCAGUAAACGAGUGCACACCAGAUGGUGAUUUUUCUACUACAAUCAACAAGCUCACACCGGCAAAGGAAAAGCUCAAGCUGGAAGAUGAUAUCGAGGCCACUCUGAAGUCAACAACUCUUUCAGAUAAAGAAAUUACUCCAACUGAAACUCCAAUCUCCAAAACUAAGGAAUCAAUUACUGAAAAUUUCAUUCCAGUGAAACUGGGAAACAUCUCCUCCCCAGUUGGUACUGUUUCUUUAAUAGAUUUUUCCAGUAACAUGACAAAAGAAGACAUCAUCUUAGCCACCAUUGACACAGGAGACAAAGAAAUCCUACCUACUGCUGAGCUCUCUGGCACACUGGAGGACAGCACUGACGAUUCGGAAGACGCCUCUGCACUUCCAGAUGAAAACACAGAAGCUGAUGGUAACUCCUCUACCAAUUCCGACGUUCCUGACGAUGGAGAUGUCCAGGUCACUGACUCCUUGAGUCCUGAGGCUGAGAUGCCUCCCUCUCCUGAAAAAGAGGUCACCACCCCUCCAGACACAACCAACAUUGCAGAAGAGAACGCAACUGAAACUGACCUGACUGUUUCCCCCAAAGCUGCAACUAAAUUAUCUGACUCAGAUGAAGAAAAGUUUAUCACUGUUUUUGAACUCACUAACUCUGCUGAAAAAGCCAAAGAUAACCCAGAAGAUGCUUUAACUGAUGAGGAAUCGACUGAUGGAGUUAAUGCUUGGAUGGAGAAAGAGACUGUGAAUGAGGCAGAGAACCAUUCUGUUUUGCUUACUGCUGUUGAAUCCAGGUAUGACUUCAUUGCCCCUGCCUCAGGAAACAAGAACAGCGUGGAGGAACCGACCACUAACACAACAGAAGAUCUAUCUGAAAAUGAUACAACAGAAUCGGUAACUAAGGACACAGAGGAGUUUCCUUCAGUGACAUCUAUAGUAGAUACCCUUAAACACAAGGAGGACUCUUCUACAACUGACUCUGGUAUCUUCAAAUUGCUGAAAGAAGAUCCCGAUGACCUAAUGAUGUAGAAGCAGCAACAUAAGGGAGGCCAUGUAGAAAUACACAACGGAUUAAAAGGUAGUCUUGAUGUUUAAGAAGUUACUCAACAAGAAAAGUAAAAAAGAAAA